AUGGAGACGACAACAUGGCGGUGGUGUGAGUUUUGAUCGUUGAUCUCGGAGACCCAGGGAGCGGCGCGAGGGGCCAGGGAAGGUAUCUGCCCCGGGAGUCCGCCUUCUCCAGGAAAUGGCCAGGGAUCCCCUUCACGUCCUUCACCGAGUCCCGUGGUACUGCGACUUGCGCGAGAUCAGUCACACUGGGGAUACCGAAGAGAAAGGAGGAACAGCUCUAACCUGCAUUUCUUUGAUUCCAUUUGAACCUAUACUUCACAAUUAAAGGAGGCAAGACACAUUCAAAGGAAAAAAAUAGAGAGUAAAAGCCAGAUAAAGGCACCUGAUGCUCACCCAGGCAACGUCGAUCCCUAUCACAAGGACUAGAGACAUGAAGGACUGCAUCAUGACCUCUGGAUCAUGCCUGAGUGCCAGCACAGUGGCCAUUCCCACUGUCACUGGCAGCAGUGCAGCCCUGAGUGCUUGCAGCAGCAGUAACUCCAGUCCAGCCAGCCCCAUGGACAUUCAGGUGUGCUUCCCGAAGAAGCAGAAGAAAGUGAAGAAAAGGGUCAUCUGGGACAUUGAGGUGGCCGAAGAGCUUCAGUGGAAAGGCUGGAAGCUAGGGACAGAGAUCACCAAGAACCUGGUUCUGAAAAACCUAUCCUUGAAAAUCCAGAAGAUGAAGUACAGGCCCCCCAAGACCAAGUUCUUCUUCACGGUCAUCCCUCAGCCCAUCCUCCUGAGCCCAGGCAUAACUCUCACGCUCCCCAUCAUCUUCCGGCCUCUGGAGGAGAAGGAGUACGUGGACCAACUGUGGUUUGAGAAAGCGGAGGGGAUGUUCUGUGUGGACCUGAGGGCCACCCUGCCUGGCCAUAACCUGACUUGCCCACCAUCCCUGCAGUUGCCCACGUGUGCCGUCGGGGACAUGGCCGAGGCCUGGUUCUCCCUGAACAAUGUAGGGGACCUGCCCACCUUCUUCACCUGGGAGUUCUCCAGCCCAUUCCAGAUGCUGCCCACCUCGGGGCUGCUGGAGCCAGGCCAGGCUUGCCGGAUCAAGGUGACUUUUCAGCCUCUUAUGGCUGUCAUCUACAAUGUUCAAGCCACAUGCUGGUACGGGGAGAGAAGCAAGCAGAAGAACAGCAUCCAAUUGCAGGCUGCUGCCAAAUGCGCCCAGCUGCUGGUGAGCGUCAGGCAGAAGCGCCCAGAGGACCAGGAUGUUGAGGGCUCCCAGAAAGUGCUGCACUUUGGUUCUGUGGCUGUGGGCUGCACUGCUGAGAGGCAGAUCAGGCUGUAUAACCCGUCGGUGGUGAGUGCCCCUUUCAGGAUUGAAGUAGCCUCAGACAUGCUAGCCAAAGACCAGGCCUUUUCGUGCCCCACGUCCUAUGGCAUCGUGCCCCCAGGAGAGAAGAAAUAUGUGUCUGUGUUCUUCCACCCGGAGACCUUGGACGUCAGAACUAUGGACUACUUGUCUAUUAUGCCGUCCGGCUGUGCCGCCCAAACUCUGCUCAAAGUCAUUGGUUUCUGUAGAGGUCCUGAUGUAUCCCUGCAGCACAACUGCAUUGAUUUCAGCUGGGUCAGCCUCAGAGAGCACUCAGAGCAGCCCCUGUGGAUUGAGAACAAGUCAGACUGCACGGCCUACUUCCAGUUUGCCAUUGACUGCCGGGAGAGUGUCUUCAGCAUCAGACCUACCUUCGGGACUCUGGUGGGCAAGGCCCGUAUGACCCUGCACUGCACCUUCCAGCCCACUCACCCCAUCAUCUAUUUUCGGCGGGUGGCCUGUCUCAUCCACCACCAGGACCCGCUGUUCCUGGACCUGAUCGGGACCUGCCACUCGGACAGCACCAAGCCAGCCAUCCUGAGGCCACAGCACCUGGCUUGGUAUCGCACACACCUGGUGCGGGGCCUGACGCUCUACCCCCCUGACAUCCUGGGCCUCAUGCUGAGUGAGAAGAAGCUGGAGCAGGAUAAGAACGGGGCCCUCAUGAUUCCCAUGCAGGACCUGGAGGCUAUGCCAGCCCCGCAGUAUCCCCUCAUCCCCCCCAUGACUGAGUACUUCUUCGACGGCACCAGCGACUUGGCCAUCUUCCCCCCACCCGUCAGCAUAGAGCCCGUGGAGGUGGACUUUGGUGCCUGCCCCAGUCCUGAGGACCCUAACCCUGUUCCCGUGUGCCUGGUGAACCACACCAAGGGCAAGAUCACCGUGGUCUGGACAUGCAGGUCUGGCUGCCCCUUCUGGGUGACUCCAGAAACCUGCGAUGUGCCCCCGCUCAAGUCCAUGGCCAUGCGCCUGCACUUCCGGCCUCCUCACCCCAACUGCCUUUACGCCGUGGAGCUGGAAGCCUUUGCUGUGUAUAAGGUGUGUCAGAGCUUCAAUAAUAUUGAGGAGGACUGCACCCUGUGCCCGUCCUGGUGCCUGACACUCCGAGCACAAGGCCACAGCUAUCAGGCUGCCUUGGAGCACCACAUCCCCCAAUAUUCCCUGGACACCCCCAAGCUAUUUCCUGCAGUGUCUCCCAGCGAACCCUCCUACCGCAGCCUCCUCCUGAUCAACAAAGGCUCCAUGUUGAUGACCUUCAACUUGGACCCCAAAAGCAGCUCGGAAAUCUCCCUGAGGCCCACCUCAGGCCUUGUGGCCCCUGGGGCCCACCAGAUAUUCCUCAUCUGUACCUACCCCAAGGGCAACUCUUGGAAGCAGCACACUUUCUACUUGCAGUUCAACUUUUGCCCGCAGUAUCUCAAGGAGGUGAGCAUGCAGAGCCGGGAGGAGCCACUGCAGCUGAAGCUGGACACCUAUAAAAGUGUCUUCUUCAAACCCACCCGGGUAGGCUGCUCCUCCACCAGCCUCUUCACCUUCCGCAACCCCACGCGUCUGCCCCUGGAGUUUGAGUGGAAGAUCUCCCAGCAGUACCAGAAGAUGCUGGCCGUCCAGCCCGCCAGGGGACUUAUCCAACCCAACGAGAGCCUCAUGCUGACAUGGAUCUUCAGCCCUCUGGAGGAGACCAAGUACUUGUUCCGAGUGGGGGUGUGGGUCUGGGAAGCCGGCCUGCCCCCGAACGCUAAGCCCUCCACCACCACCCACUACAUGAUACGGCUGGUGGGCAUGGGCAUCACCAGCAGGCUUUCUGCAAAGGAGAAGGAGCUGGAUUUUGGGAAUGUGAUGGUGAACAGCAAACAGUCCAGGUCGCUUGUGCUCCUGAACGAAGGCCACUGUACCCUCUAUUAUCACCUGGUCCUGGAGCAGUGCAGCCCUGAGGGCACUGACAACGAACCCCUCGCUCUUCAACUGGAUCGCACAGAGGGGAGCAUGCCACCCCGGUCCCAGGACACCAUCUGCUUGACUGCCUGUCCCAACCACCGGUCCCAGUACUCCUGGACCAUCAGCUACUCUCUCCUCUCCCGCAGAGAUAAUAAGGUUGGGGAGAAGCAGGAGCUGUGUCGAGUUUUCCUGACGGCCGUGUACCCCUUACUCUCCAUCCUGGAUGCCUGCUCCAUGGGCAGCACCGAGGGCAUCACCCGGCAGCACCUGUGGCACCUCUUCUCCCUGGACACGCUCAACAGUUACUUGACACGUGACCCCACCCCCUUGGAGCUCACCUACAAGGUGCCCACCCGGCAUAGCACAAGCCAGAUCCCCCCCAUCUUCACCCCUCUGAAGCUUGACUUCAAUUUUGGGGCAGCGCCAGUAGAGGCCCCACCCUCCGUGGUGCUCCUGGCCCUGAAGAACAGUGGAGUGGUGCCCCUGGACUGGGCCUUCCUCUUUCCAAGUGACCAGCAGAUCGACCUGGAGCUAUGGGCAGAGCGAGCAGAGUUUGACUGCACUGAGCUGCACCAAAUGCGCGUGCAGGACAAUUGCAUAUUCUCCAUCAACCCCAAGGCUGGGAGCCUGAGCCCUGGGCAGGAGCAGGCCGUGGAGUUCAAAUACAGCCACCUGUUUGUUGGCACCGAUCGCCUCCCUGUGCUCUUCAAGGUGUCCCACGGCCGGGAGAUCCUGCUAAAUUUCAUAGGCGUGACAGUGAAGCUGGAGCAGAAGUACGUGCACUUCAUGUCCACAAGCCACCAGUUCAUCCCUGUCCCCAUCGGUAACCCACUGCCCCCACGGCAGAUUUAUGAGCUGUAUAAUGGUGGCUCGGUGCCCGUGACAUAUGAGAUCCAGACCAACGUCCUGUCACAGGUUCAGGAAAAAAAUUUCGAUCACCCUAUCUUCUUCUGCCUCAACCCUCAAGGGGAGAUCCAGCCAGGCACAACUGCUCGGGUCUUGUGGAUCUUCUCACCUAUUGAGGCCAAGACCUACACGGUAGAUGUGCCAAUACACAUCCUGGGAUGGAACUCAGCCAUCAUCCACUUCCAGGGAGCGGGUUAUGACCCCCAUGUCAUGGGGGACACAGCCCCUUUCCACAACAUCUCAUGGGACAGCAGCUCCACACACUCAAGACUGAUGAUCUCUAGACAGAACGUCUUCCUGUCCCAGUCUCACAUCUCCCUGGGAAAUAUUCCUGUGCAGAGCAAGUGCAGGCGCCUGCUGUUUUUCAACAACAUCUCCAAGAAUGAGACAAUCAUCUUUGUCUGGCAGCUGAAGCCUCUAGACUUAGGGGAGGUGUCCGUGAGUCCCAUGAGAGGGAAGGUAGCUCCUGAAGAGAUGAUCCCAUUUGUGGUGACUCUGAAGGCUUCGGUGCAUGCCAGUUUCUACAGCAUGGACCUGGUAUGCAAGGUAUACCGGCAGGAACUGCUGAAGCAGUACCAUAAGGAACUGCAGGAGUGGAAGGACGAGAAGGUGCGGCAGGAAGUGGAGUUCACCAUCACAGAUAGGCAAUCAGUGAAGAGAAGGGCAUAUUGUACAGCUUGUGAACCUAUGAGGAGGUACAAGACGCUGCCCCCUAUCAAGAAACAGCAGUCUCUCUGCCGGCCCACCAGCUGGAAUCUUAAGAUCCCAAAGGAGGAGACAUCCUGGCCAUGCCCCCAGCCGCCCUCGCCAGGCAUGCUCUACUUGGGCCUCACUGCCAGGACCCACGCCACUGACAACUUCCUGGCCAACUUCUUCUCCGACUUUCCCCGAUACUUCUUGCACCGGGAGCUGCCAAAGAGGAAGUACGCCAAGGAGGAGUUGAAGGCUUCUAAGAAAAAAUCCCCUGACAAAUGGGCCCCUAUCUCAAAGCAGAAGAAGCAGCUACUGAUUGACUGUCUCAACACAAUCAUCAGGGGCCUGCUGGAAGACAAGACCUUCCACGAGGCCAUAGACCAAAGCCUGGUGGAGCCGGUGCCUUACUUUUGCCAGUUCUGGAAUGAGCAGUCCGCCAGGCUCAUGGCCCAGAACAGCAGCCUGCAAGUAGUGCCAGACCUGUCUCCGUCCUCCAACAUCUGGGAGGACAGGGAAGGACGCAAGGAGCUGGAGGAGGACAAAUGGAGGCUGGAGAAGAAGGAAGAGGGGGAAGAGGAAGAGGAGGAGCUGGAGGAGGAAGAGGAGGAGGAAGAAGACAUAAAAGAGGAAGAAGAGAUGGGCAAGGAGGAACUGGAAGUAGAGGAUGUGAUGGGGGAGAAGGAAGAGAAGUUGACCUGGACAGGGAUCGAGCCCGCGCUGCAGCCCGUGUCCCAGGAGUCCCAGAAAUGGCAGUGGCAGCAGCAGCUGAAGGUCAUAAUGAAGGAGGAGCAGGAGCGAAAUGAAAAGGAGGCCAUCAGCCGGCUCCCGUCUUUCGCCAACCUGCAGGAGGCGCUGCUGGAGAACAUUAUCCAGAACAUCCUGGUGGAGGCGAGCCGCGGGGAGGUGGUGCUCACCUCGCGGCCCCGCGUCAUCGCCCUGCCUCCGCUCAGCUUUCCCAGGACUCCGACUCCGGACCUGCAGCCGGCGGCGCCCCUCGGACCACAACAAAUCGAGGUGUCCCGGUUGGUGGCGCCGCCUCCUACUGAUUCUUUGCCGUAUCCAGAGGCCAGCCCCUCCGACUUCCUUCCCUAG